GUGACAUUUCAACAAAUCCAUAAAAAUGCGAUGUGUCAGAAUUUUAAUUGACAGAAAAGAAGAAAACAAAUUUUUAUCUCGUUUAUAAAGUUUUUGUUAUAAAAAUUAAAGUUUUUUGUUUUAUUUGUCUUUAACUCUUUAAAAUAAUGACUCUUAACUAUGGAAGGAAAACUCCAUCGAGUGCAUAUCGAUCAAAUCCUUCUGUUUACUCACACGCCACAGGAAGGUCUUCAACUAAUCUUCAUUCUAUAAAAUCACGUUCAACUCGGUCUGUUCGAAUACCAUGGUAUCAGAAGCCAAUUUUAAAGAACAACGAAUAUAUCGAUGUUCAGAAGAGUGCUCUGCUUAUUGGAUUCUUUUCUAUCUUCGUCUCCUUAUUUACGAUUGCAACAUCGAUUUUCGAUUUAUACUGCCUCGCCAUGGCCGCUCCAGGAUCAACUCAUUACGGAUAUUAUAUCAUUUCUUAUGAAUUUGUCUACGUUGGAAAUGUUCAUGUACGCAACGGACUCAUUGUGGCCGCUCUGUUUUCAUUAAUUGGUGCUUGUGUGAUCUUUUUCACCAGUAUCCUGCUUGUUAUAGCUUUACGCAAGGAAUACGAACGAAAAGUCAAGCCAUGGCUGUGGUCGUUUGCAGCAUUUACGUGCCUUAGAUUAUUGGCAUUUAUCUUUUUUGCCAUUGUCAACGAUUUGAUAUUCUUCUACAACAUUGUCAUGGUCCUGUUGUGGAUUGUCAUCAUUUGUAUUUCCAUUUACGGUUGGUUAAUUGUGUAUUCGUUGUUCUUGGAAUUGGCAGAUUUGACGAAAUUAGAAGAUUUGGCACAUUUAAGAAUGGGAACAAUGGCUUCUUUACAUUCCACAACACAUUCUCUUGCUGGGUCACGUCCAACAACUCCUCACAGCACGGUUUCAACAAUGCCCAUUGGGGAGACAUUAUUUAAAUAACAAUUUCAAAACAAAAACACAAAAUGAGAUAUUUAAAAAUAUCAAAAUCAUAUCCACAAGACAAAAAAAACAACAAAA